UUUACUUCAAUAUUGCAUCCUCCAGAUUUAAUUACCAUGUAGUCCGUUUUUCGACAUACUGCAUCGUCACAUAGUUUUAGAAAUUAAAAAAGAAGACAUUAUGACCAUUCGGUUACUCAUUCAUUCACCGACCGGUCAGUCGCAACCAAUCUUGUUCAUUCGUUUUUCGUGUGCAGCAUCGUCAACAUCGUAUCCUGUUAUAGUUGAUCGUGAAUUAUAAUUACACAUUAAAAACUGUACGAAACAUGGGAAAACGUAAACACAAACAUAAUGACAAGGAUAUUCGUCGCAAAAUUCGACGUUUGGAGGAUAAAUUGCGAUACAAUAGGCGCAAAGAUUUGGAUCGAAGAUCUGACUCCUCGAUGUCAGGUUCAUCACAAAGCUCUUACUAUGAUAGACAAUCACCAGAUGUCGAAGAUGUUGAAGGCAGAAAUAGCGAGUAUGGCGAAGACGAGAUGCUUCGUGAAGAAGCUUUUAUGGAAGAUGAGAUUCAUGAUAGUACUCGCCGCUUGGCAUCUCAAGUGCAGCCAGUGAUGAACAGCCGCAUAGCGAGCCCCUUGCCUCAGAUCGCAGUGGCGCCAGCGCCAGCUCCAGCGACAGCGCCAUCUUUGCCGCUAAUACCUACCGUACCGCCGGAACAUGCCGCCUCGGUCCAAACUAACCCCGCUCAGUCUGUACUACCCACAGAAAUAGAUAAAUCUACAACCGUACUCCCGCAAGAGAUCUUAUGUAUACUGGGAGAGGCAAAAAAGCUAGAUGAACCACUCGGUGAGUGUAUUCCUGAUGAGCUCUCUGAACGCUGGGGGAAAAUAUUAACGGACGGGCUGGUCAAGGAAGUGAAGCAGUCUCUCGUGGAUAAAAUACUGAUGCCUAGUAAUUUUUUACUAGCCCGAGCGCCUAAGUUAAAUCCGGAGGUGGCAGCAGUCAUUAAUGAAUCAGCAAAAAAUCGUGACAUGCGUUUAGAAAAAGCUCAAAAUCAACUGGGCCGGGGCAUCGCUGGACUUGCAAAUUUAGCAAAUGAUCUUAUAAAAUCAGAGUUGGAUAAACUUGAUAUCAUCAAGAAAAUUUCGGAAGUUACCCAAGUCCUGCUAGACCUUCAUUAUGAAGAAUCAAUCAACAGGAACAAACUCCUAGUUCCAUUGUUAGAUAAGAAGUUCUGGAACACAAUAAAAGGGGUUAAAAGAGACGAAUAUCUCUUUGGUGAAAAACUGGCAAGCAGCGCAGCCGGGAAACGCGAGAGCUCCUCCUCGUCAAUACAAGCCGAAAGCAACGCCAGCACCGACGACGGGCAGAUACUACGAGCCUCAGUCCUCGACGUCGGCGAGGAGGACGACUUCGAGCCAGCGUCGCGGGCGUCACUACUCGAACAACAGGGCGAACGAGCGGAGCCGGCGUUAGAGAGAGUGUCACCCCCUUUGGCGCAGCCUUACCCUGGCGUGCGCAGUGUUAUACGACAAGCCUACGUAAAACGCGCCAUACCGGAUGAUUGUAUUGAAAUAAUGUUACAAUCUUUAUCAAAGAAUACUCUUACUCAAUAUAAUGUAGGGUUAAAACAAUGGUUCGAGUUUUGUCAGGUGAAUAAUAUUGAUUUGUAUAAUGGUUCUGUUGCUGACAUCUUAAAAUUUCUUACAGAAAAGUACCAUGCAAACGCCAGCUAUGGCACAUUAAAUUCCUUUCGAUCCAGCUUAUCCUUGAUUAUGGAUAAAGACCGAUGUAAUAAUGAUUGUGUUUCGAGGUUCCUAAAAGGCGUUUUCAAAAGUAAACCGUCCUUUCCUAAAUAUAAUUAUAUAUGGGACCCUAAUUUAGUCUUAGAUUACCUGUCUGGUUUCUUUCCUAAUGAGUCGCUAACGAUAGAAAAUUUGACAAAGAAAUUGGUAACUCUUCUCGCGUUGUCAACGGGACAACGUGUGCAGACGUUAUCUUUAAUAAAUGUUGCAGAUAUCCAGAUACAAGAGUCCCGUAUUGUUAUUGUCAUUAAUGAGAUUAUUAAAACAUCUGCGCCUAACAGACAUAAUCCAAGACUGACUCUACCCUUUUUUAAGGAAAAAGCCACUAUUUGUCCAGCAUCAGCAUUAUCCUGUUACAUAGAAAGAACAUGUAAUUUUAGAUCCACUAUAAACUCGAACAAAUUGAUCUUGACAAUCAAAAAACCUAUUCACAAUGCUAGUCCCCAAACUAUCAGCCGCUGGAUAAAGCAAACGCUAAGUAACAGCGGAGUGGACACCAAGACGUUCACCGCUCAUAGCACCCGGCACGCCUCGACGUCCGCAGCUAGCCGAUCUGGUAUUUCCACUGAUAUAAUUCAAAGAACAGCGGGGUGGUCGGGAAAUUCUCUUUGUUUUGCCCGCUUUUACAAUCAACCACUAAUAAAUACACAGGAAGAUUGUGUUUUUGCUCGAGCGGUAUUAAAUAGUUGAACUAGGUUCAUUAUGAUAAUUGAUUAGUUGAAUAAUCUGUGAUUAUUAUUAAUAUCUUGAAUAAUAUUAAU